AUGAAGGGUGAAUAAGAAUUAACUUCAGAAGGUGAUAAUCAACCUGCUGAAGUAGAAAAAAAUUAAUAUAUUUUUCAUCAUAAAGGUGAAGAUCCUAAUUUCAAAUAUUACUUUUCAAGUGACAUUGAAAGUUACAGUAGCGAGCAUAAAGACCAAAGUUUUAUAGAUCAUAAUAAAGAGGUCAUAAGAAAUCCUUUGCUAUUCAUUAUAGCUUUUGUGAUUCAAUACUUUACCUACAUUGUAUAUAUUGCGUUUAUACCUUUUAUUGCCUUUAAAGAUGUUGUUUUUGAGGGAAGAGUAGAUUUUAUUAAAGAGAGGAUUUGGUCUUGGUUUUCACUUUGGGCAAUUGCUUACUUGGUUCUUACAUAUUUCUGGUUCCCUCUUAAAAGCGAAGAAAUGCAUUACUUACUUGAGGAUGAAAUAUAUUUUAUUUUUACUACUUUCUUGGUUUUUAGCUACUUGAGAGCUGUCGAUGUGCAAAGUUCAGGUUCCUUUAAAGAAUAAUUUAUCAGGAUUAUAAAUGUUAAUUAAAAUGUAUGCUAAUUAGUUUAUUUUAAUUGUUAUCGUGACUCUAUUUCAACAUAACUUGAUUAUAAUUCUAAUGUAGAAUUUUAGAGAUAAUCGCAGUUUUCAGCUAUUGCUACUCAUUACACUCUUAUGGGUGUUAAGAAAAUAAAAAAUAAUCUUAAUAUCCCAAUAAAAAACAUGGUCCAUUAAUUCAGUAACUAUUUACCUCCUAAUUCUAAGCACUUCUUUAUACUCUUUGCUAUUUUAGCAUUAAAGGCAUGGUUUAUUCUUUUGUAUGUGCUUAAAAAAUCUUCUUUGUAAUUAGAUAAUUUUAGGAGUAUAUUCGAUUUCUUACUGAUAAUGUUUGUGUAUGUUUAUAUCGCAUUCAACUUGAACAGAGCUCUUGGAAAUAAUGAUCUUAGAAAAAAGAUUUUGUAGAUUGAAAGAUUGAAUGAUUUAAUUGAUUUUUAGAAUUUAAAUUUAAAAAACUAUAAAAAAAAGCUAGAUGUAACCUGUCCAAUCAGUUUUGAAACAUGGGAUGUGGCAAGAAAAUUUAUUCUAAACCAUAAAAGAUCUUAUCUAUAAGUAUUAGAAAUAUCCUACUUAACUCUAUUUUUCUAUUACUUAUUUGUUAUUGUUGUUUGUCUAUCAGCAUAUUUUGAUUUAGACUGGCUGAUACCAAAAGGUUCUGCGUUGCUAAAACCCGUAGCUGUUAUUAUAAAUACCUUUAAUUUUGUUUUUUUGAGUGUAAUAUUUAUGAUUAGAUUUAAUGUAGGAUCUGAAUAUAACUACUCAUUUUAAAGGCUUCUUUAAAAUGUAUCUUAUCUCUAAAAUAUAGCUUCUGAUUUAAACACUAUGUACCCAGUAUUCUUCUUACAAGAUCCAUCAUCAAUAAACAAAGAGUAUAGAUUGAGUGCUUAUGGUUUGGUGACAAAAAGGAUUAAAUUAUCUUGUUCCUUUUAUAUUGCUUCUUAAAUAUUUUAUAAAUAUAAAGUAUUCACAUCUAAGGAUAAGUAAGAACUGAGAAGAAUGCUUAUAUAAACAAUGGUUCACACAUUAGAUAGAAUCAAAGAAUCUAUUUAGCUGGAUCAGCAUAUGUUCAAAUAUAAAUUUAUUAAUUUUUUAGAAAUAUAAAAUCAUGAUUUUAUUUUCACACUCUGCUUAGGUUUAGUUCCAAUUUUACCAAAAAUAAUCCCAACCUUUAUUUCUUUUUAUAGAGACUGA